GCGCCCGCGCGUCUCUCCCACACGACUAUACAUAUAUCGGCUGUGUCUCCCUUGUUCGUAGACUUGUCAAGAUCGCAGGUCAGCCUGCGAUGAUGCACCAGCUGGUAGUCCUCCCCGAGCCCCGUGGCCAUGCAGUCGUACAACUCAAACCCUCGGAGAUGAGGUGACCAUUUUUUUCAAAAUCUUAGCACCUCCCCUCCCCUCCUCUAUUUGGUCAUGCUGACCCAAUACAUCGAGGUAGCCAUUCCUCCCCAAAACUCCGGGAGGGUGGGAACGUCUUUUCAAGUCAAUUCCCUGCCCUUAGACUGCUGCCGCCCAGCUUCAUGUCUAUAUCAACUACACUCUACUGUCUCUCUCUGUGAAACAGUAUUAUUAUAUCACACUCGAUUCUGUUCGUGAAUGUCAUAUAUUCAUGGGAUCAUCUCGGGUCUAACGGACGGGUCUUGAACUGCUUCUUGGCCAAUGUCUUCCCUGCCCCUGCCCCUGCCCCUAAAUCACUUCGGGGAGCUAAGGUUCACAAACUUGUUGGGGGAAUGUUCCCACCCACGUACUACCCCCGCAAACCCGCGAACUUCUUGUUUCAUGGCCCCC